GUCACCACCAAGAUGGCUGCCUGUGCGCUACGCAGGGGAUUGUUGACCACUCUCAGUAAAUACAACAAGAAACAGGCACAUAGAAUAUUAAGUGUCGCUGACAGCAGGUUCGACUUGUGCAGACCACUGUUAGAAUGCCGAGUCUGUGGAAUGUACGGUGUGGCUCAACAGAGAAGGUUUAUGUCGUCACGGAACAGGCCCGAAGGGAAGAUUCUGGAGACCGUUGGGGUAUUUGAGGCUCUGAAGCAGCAUGGCAAAUAUGAAACGGGACAGCUAUUUCUCCACAGCGUGUUUGGCUACAGAGGUAUUGUCUUGUUCCCAUGGCACGCUCGACUCUACGACCGAGACAUCACACCCGCAAUGUCUGACAGCAAACCUGAACACCCUGGUGCCCAUGGCUCGAAGGAAGUAAAGGGCAAGACGCACACAUACUACCAAGUUCUGAUCGAUACCAGAGACUGCCCUCACAUUUCUCAACGGUCCCAGACGGAGGCAGUGACAUUUCUGGCCAACCAUGAUGACAGCAGAGCACUGUACGCCAUACCCGGUCUGGAUUAUGUGAGCCAUGAAGACAUCCUGCCUUACAACUCUGCAGAGCAGAUCCCCAUCCAGCACGAGCUGUUCGAGCGCUUCCUCAUGUACAACCCUACCAAAUCACCUCCAUUCGUAGCCAGGGACACCCUGAAAGCAUGGCAGGAAAAGAACCACCCCUGGUUGGAGCUCUCUGACGUCCACAGGGAGACCACGGAGAACAUCCGUGUCACCGUCAUCCCUUUCUACAUGGGCAUGAGGGAGGGCCAAAACUCCCAUGUGUACUGGUGGCGGUACUGCAUCCGUUUGGAGAACUUGGGAAAUGAGGUUGUUCAGCUAAGAGAGAGACACUGGAGGAUCUUCAGUCUGUCUGGCACCCUGGAGACGGUCCGAGGACGUGGGGUGGUGGGAAGGGAGCCGGUGUUGUCUAAAGAGCAGCCAGCAUUUCAGUAUAGCAGCCAUGUCUCUCUGCAGUCCCCCAGUGGUCACAUGUGGGGAACAUUUCGUAUCGAGAGGACGGAUGGCUCCUGCUUCGACGUCCGCAUUCCUCCUUUCUCCCUGGAGAGCAACAAAGAUGACAAAGCUCCCCCGGCAGGCUACACAUUCUAACUACAAGUGCAGGCCUCCCGCCUAUCCUUGCCUCAGUAUCAAAAAAAGUCAUCUUUCCUUUUAUGAGUGUACACAACUAAAUAUAGCGGCCUGUUGGGGGGGAAGAGGAAGUGAUGUCCCAGAGCAGAGCAGGUCAGGAUUCAUAUUCAUAUAAAUUGCAAAAACAUUGACCAGGUUGUUUUUGCAAAUGCAGCAAAUUGUCUUGCAGCGACUUCACGUGGGUUUGCUUGGGAAAAGUAGAAUGUUCACGUUUUCCACUUAACUGCACAGUUCCUUUGAGUUACGCCUAACCCCUCCUGGUCUUAACCAGGAAAUUGGUUUGACUUCUGCUUGUGCUUUAUAUUAUUUAACAGUUUUAACCGUUAAAAAGUGUACCAAAAAAAAAAAAAAGCAAACUGUAAUCCUUAAAACUAAGUUGGUGCGAAUGGGAAAACACACACAAUUCCUGUUAAGUUGUUGCCCCCUGUGGCAUUUCUUUCCUUGUCAAGUGUGUGAGUAAACUGAGUCAUUGAUUGAAGACUAUUAAUAAAGUAUAUAAAUGUCGAUCUCUAACUGUGAAU